CGUUCUCAAAGAAACAAGUACAUUUAACUAACACUUACAUAUAUCACUUUUCGCAAGAAACCACUUCAAUUCCCUCUUCUCUCGUAACAAUUCUCUGACAUAAAUGACCAAGACAUUACAGGACUCUUUGUUGACUCCUAGGAUUCCUUUUGGGAGCCUUCUUCCUGGAUGAGAUCCGGACGGAAGAUGCUCCCUCGGGGCGGCUGUUGAAGAUAAUACCUAUAUACCUAUAUCUCUUUUCGAGGCUCUGCUCCUCUACGAUUGCCAUAUUCUCGCACGCCGUUCGUUAUCCAAACUAAACUAUAAUAAUAUUGUUUAUUAAACCAUCUUCGUUUGAAUCCAACCCGAGCUUCCCUAGCCAUGUCCGAGGGAAUAAUCCUCCCUGCCGCCGCCGCCGAAUCUCCGGGCGGUGCCAAAGCAGGCGCGGCAAAGGAUAGGAAUUGUCCGUACUGUGGUCAAGCAUUCACAUCUUCGUCAUUGGGAAGGCAUCUAGAUCUGUAUAUCAAAGAGAAGAAUCCUAAAGCUCCAGAUGGUGUUCACGAUGUUGAAGCUAUCAAGAAGAUGCGAGGGAGCAUCACUCGCAGACAGCCAAGGGGCUCUUUAGCGCGGCGAGAUACCUCGACUCCGGGCACCCCGACAACCUCUUCGAGAAAGAGCCCCGCGCCCGAUUCUAUCGCAAAGCCGAGUGCUAUACCGAAAGAUGGUCAUUUUGUCGUAGACCACCAGAUGCCCAGAUAUCCCUUUCAGCCCACCUGGGAGGCUACUGGUGUAAUCAAUGAUAUUCCGGCGAGGAGCGGGGAGUUCAAGGGCAACCCAGACGAUGGUAGCGGCCAGGAUUCCAGGCGGCUUCCCAUGCAGCGUGCACCGAGUAGAACGGUUCAGAAAUCUCAGUUAGAUGCGAGGCAGAAGCUUUCGGAUGCUAUGGACACAGCAAGGGCUGCCGAGCUGGCACUUCGAGAACUGCUUAGUUCGUGGAGGGCCGCCAAGCAGCAAAUAGACAUGGAUUCUCUUCCGUUCGAUUUCGAUCCCCUUUCUCUUGACUUCCCCGCUCUCACCCUCCAAUGUCUCCAAGCACCUCCUACGUUAUUCUCCUCUACGCCGCACCCGACAUCGUCUUCUUGGUCUAUACAACCCCCAGCGCAGAAGCAAUUUGAAGCGCUUAAGGCGUAUUUCAAAGAAGAAUUCAGGAAAUGGAAAGUCGCUUGCGCUACGGCAACUACUUCAUCACAUGAGGAUUUGACAUAUCCUCCCUCUCAAACACCUUUCCCUCGCGAUGUGCGCGAGGCCGUGAAGAAGGCGGAAGAGGCUGCGACCAAGCUCGAGGCGCAGGUCUGUGAGCAUUUGCAAUCGACUUAUCAUGUUUGGGAACAACUUCCAGUUCAAAGAAGGACUGAGCUUUGGGGCCUUGAGUUGGCGAGGAGUGUAGGGAGACGGCAGAAGGAAGUGGAAAAGUUGAAACAGACCCAUUUCUCUAUGAGACAAGAGAAUGAGAACCUCAAGACUCAGAUCGAUCACCUCAAUCGUCUACAACAACCGAGGGAGUUCAGGAUAGUUCCUCCAGCAACGAUUCCUAUCGAAGAAUCGCUACUCUCGUAUUUGUUAGAUCUAGGAAGCAAGGGUUAUAGGGGGGUUGGUCUUGAGCCUGAGGAUCGCCAUGUGGACCUCGAUACUGUAGUCGGCCGCGCUAUUGAACGAUGGAAAGCAGUCAUUGUGUCGUCGCGGGGGGCUGGUAUGGCUGGGCAGAGGACACUUGAGCAGACAAUUACCACCCCGACUAGCAUAACUUCUAAUCCUGUACCUGCUCCUCAAGCCCAAAUGGCAGCCCACCCUCAACAACCCCAACAGCACCAACAUCAAGGGUCUAUUUCUAUAGCAUCUAAUCCGCAAUUGAAUGAGCCGCAAUCGGCAACACCAACAACAGCAGCAGCCAUACCAGCUGCUGUAAUGGCUCCCGCUACCUCUGCCCCACCUGGUGUCCACGACGAAAAUAGCGACCAAGAUGCUGAUGCUGAAAUGGAAGACGACGAAAAUUUUGCAUCACUUACUCCUGCCAUCGCAAAGCAGCCAGCGCAGUCUCAUCAGCAGCUCGACAUACCACGGACGAGAAAUCUUGACCAACGGGUUCCAGGUACUACCGAAACCCGAUUUACCGUUAACGGGACGAUGUCCAAUCGAGACCUCAACAUACGGCAAACAAUGCAAAAUCUGAAUGCCGGUACCUCUGUGCCGGGGCGUAUGCAUAAUCAACAUGGACAUGCGAUAAUGAGUAAUGGCGAUUAUGGGUCAGUUGUUCAAGGCGUUAGCGGCAGCGAACCGAUGUAUAUGGAUUAAUAGAGGACUUUCAUAGCGAUCUUGGCGUUCAAAAUAGUAAUCUAGCGAUAGUCCUUUUGGGGCAUCCCUCCGAGACAAAUUUAUAUCUAAGCUUUUACUCUAGCCUGAUAUAUGGCGAUAGAGCAGGCGUAUACGAUUAUCUUAUAUUCUGCUCAUUUGUGUUAAUAGAGAUGGGAUCAAAACGUCAGCUUCGUACCACUAACUACAUGUGUACCUAUGUAAUGGUUUAUUAGCAGUGCGUUAUUGAAGUCAAGCAUGAAAUAGG